AACGGACGCGGACUCGGAAGGGAGUACCAGAAAAGGAAAAAGAGGGGCAAGAACGUCUUUAUGAGAGUUUCCCUUGAACGAAGCCGGUUUGCCGAAACGAAUCCUAGUGAUAUUUUCCUUUUCGAUCACAGCUCUCACUGAGAAUAAUAAGAGAGAGCAUCCAACAAAGUCCUGAAUUUUGAAGCCCCGGCCAACCCGAUCUCUGUCUGGUCAAAUAAUUUGCUGUAUGGUGGGCUGCUUGCUUUUUUUUCCCAACACACUAGAACCUGCUCUUUAUCUUUGCACAACUAGUAGAUUUUGUAUUAAAGAAAAUAUCAGCUAGGGCUUCAAAGACUAUUAUUGGUAUUUCUGAGAUGGCGGAAAAGUCAUGUAUCAAGCGCCUUCAGAAGGAAUAUAGAGCACUUUGUAAAGAACCAGUUUCCCAUGUUGUGGCCCGUCCUUCACCAAAUGACAUUCUUGAGUGGCAUUAUGUGUUAGAGGGAAGUGAAGGAACACCUUUUGCAGGUGGAUAUUACUAUGGAAAGAUCAAGUUUCCUCCACAAUAUCCCUAUAAACCACCAGGAAUUAGCAUGACCACCCCUAACGGACGGUUCAUGACACAAAGGAAAAUAUGCUUAUCCAUGAGCGAUUUUCAUCCUGAAAGUUGGAAUCCAAUGUGGUCUGUAUCAAGCAUACUCACAGGGCUUCUUUCAUUCAUGAUGGACAACAGUCCUACCACUGGCAGUGUGAACACUACUGUUGCUGAGAAGCAAAGUCUCGCCAAGGCUUCCCUUGCUUUUAAUUGUAAGAACCCCACAUUCAGGAAAAUGUUCUCUGAGUAUGUAGACAAGUAUAACCAGCAGCAGCUGUCCAAGAAGCUUGCUGCAGAGCAGGUGACACCAGGACUAUCUCAAGAAAUUUCCACACCCAUGAAACGAGUGGGAGAAGAUGGGAAAAGAGUUGAUGCUGUGAAGGAUAUGAAAAUCGAUAGGAAGCAGUCACUCCCAACUUGGUUGAUGUUCUUGCUGGUUUCCAUCUUUGGCAUUGUAAUGGCCCUGCCUCUGCUUCAACUUUGAUAUAUAGGUGACAAGUGUAAUAUUUAUAGGGGUCAAGUGACAUAAAGGCUUCGCAAGUAUAGAGCGUCCAACAUAAUUGUGUAUAGUGGUGUUGGAGCAAUCUUUGAUGAUGUUUUCUCGUUUUAUGUCAAUGCCAGUCAGGUUAUCAGCUGAUGGUCAAACAUUACACGGCUGUCGUGUUAUCUGAAUAGACUGAGUUUUAGUUUUUGAUCAAACAAACAAACAGCACACGGCCGUCACGCUAUCUUAAUUUUGUUGGAGUUUUAUUUUUGGUGCUCUUA